AUGGCGCCGCCAGACGCCAACCUUGAUAUCUCCGCCUCUCCACCAGAGGCGGUGGAGGUGGAUAACAACAGCCCCUUGCCCGACGUCAUAAUCCACCAUAUCUUCUGCUUCUUGCCCUUCAAAGACCUGGUGAAGACAAGCGUGUUGUCCAAGCAAUGGCGUUUGGCUUGGACCUCCACUCCAUACAUCAACCUCUCUUUCCCCUCUCUCCCCUCAAGGCGUGUCGCUCUUUCGAUCAGCAGUGCACUGAGUCUCUACACAGCUACUAAGGUAGAGAAGUUCCAUCUUGAUGCUGGUUUGUACAUCCCCACUGAACUCGAUGGGUGGUUUCGCUUUGCGGCAGCGCGCCAAGUGGAAGACGCUUCCGUGGUCUUUAGACGCUCAUGCAUGGUACCUCGAAUCCUGUAUGAUUGCACGUCCCUGGUGAGCUUGCGACUGUCGAAUGGUUUUUUUCCAUGGGAUUUUAGCAUCCACUGGCCUUCACUUAAGAAACUGUGCAUUGACGGGAUUUUAGCAUCCACUGGUCUUUGGGAUAAUGAUGGGAUUAUGAAAUCAUGA